AUGCACUCUCAUUUGACUACGCGUCCCUUUGGAGCGAAUACGGUGAUUGUAGCCCUAAACGCCGUGCUUUAGGCGUCCUGAACGCGCAAGUUGUCAUGGGAUCAUUCUUGCCUAAGGGAGAUUGGGAGGAGGGGACGGGGGCCGUGGAAUGUUUUCUGGUGUCGCACAUGAACAUUGUCACUGGUGCUGGUCUUCCAUCACGUCGGUCGCAUGGAUCCUACAGAAGAAUCAUACGGGUAGCACGUAUGACACGGCAGCAACAUUGUAGGAUGGCCGGAAAGCAAGCACACAAGACAAGUUAGACCGUUACAGCGUAAUGGAGACGACGCCUCCUUCUCCUUGCGAGGAAGCUACAGCCCGUGUUGGGAGAUUUUUUUCUGCAAUAUCUGUCUUCAACUCAUCGCGCAAAAGGUUCAGCGACCAUUGUUCCCGUAUCGAGUUGUGCUGGCAGAAAUGCCUCUCUGUCUCCACCUUUUUCUCUGUACUGUCGAGGGAAACCUGAAAAUAGGUGUCAGUACCAACAGGAUAUCCUGGUUGUUUACAAACCUUGGGUUCGU